UAGUGGUGUUGGGACCCACUCCUGUGACGGCAGCCUCCCGUUUGUUCUCAACUUGGGUCUCAGCAGACAUGGAGCAGGACGAUAAGGAUAAGGAGCAGGCUAUGCACCAGCCUCCCAUGGAUAAUGAGAUGUUGGUGCCAGUAUCGAAUAUGCCCGUGCCUUCUGGAAACAGCGGAUUUCAUCAGCCACCAGCCACUCAAUACUUAGCAGAGAUGAUGAGGUCCUAUGUGGCGUCAGCUGAGGAGUUCAGAUGUAAUGAGAGAGAAUGGGAAUCACAGCUCAUUAGGUCGAUACCUGAGCAUGGCGUGAGGUGCCCCUCCCAGCUGGCUCCUAUACCUUCCCAGAAUCAUUGUCAGAGAUCGAUUGGGAGGGGAUCCCACGUGAUGCCAGUCCUAAGUUCAGGUACUCUGACCAUUUCCUUCAAUAAGAAUCUGAUGCCUCAUGGUGGCCUGCCAAGUUCCCGUGGAGUCUCAGUGAUGGCCCAUAACAGUGUCCCAGCAAUACCUUAUUCUAUGCCUCCAACAGUACCUGCCACCACGGGCUCUUUAAAACAUGGAAUAUUGUUGGUCCCAGGCAUGGCUUCCACUGGGACCCAUUCUGUGGCUCCGUUUAUGAAUCAGAUGUUGCACUCCCUAAAUCCCUGCAAUCCGGAGAGGCUCCCAGCUGGGUUCCAACAAUUGCUACCUUUAGACUCCCAAGAUUCACUUGUGACCGAGUCAAAUGUCCGGGAAGAACCUUUCGUAUGUGAGCAGCCCACACCUGCUCCACAGGGGGCAGAGAGCCCCCCCAGUACUUCAAGAGGGGCAACCAGGAGACAGUCACCAGUUUCAAGGCCUUACGUCUGCUCAUACGACAACUGUGGAAAAGCUUAUACCAAGCGCUCUCACCUUGUGAGUCACCAACGCAAACACACAGGUGAGAAGCCUUACGUAUGUGACUGGAACGGCUGUGCGUGGAAGUUCUUCCGCUCCGAUGAGCUUGGACGACACAAACGGAUCCAUACCAGAUAUCGACCACAUAAAUGCGAUGAGUGCAAUCGAGAGUUCAUGCGAUCUGACCAUCUCAGGCAGCACAAAAGAACGCAUCUGCCCAAGUAAGACUUCCUGCAACCUCAAGCCAACAACGGACAGACAGAUGAGACAGACAGACAGACAGUCCGGAGCUUCAGCUCUUCCCUCUAGUCUCUAACCCAAGAUUCAGUUGCCCAAGACCAGAUCAUCUCUGGGAAGGUGAAGGUUCAGAUGGAGACAGGAAGUGGUGGGGAAGCCCACAUGAAGCUCUGGACGUCACCAUGCAUUUCUCCAAGUCUGGUCCCCUCCCCUCUCAGAGAUUACUGACUUCUGCCAGAUGAGAAGGCAGAGCCAGAGAUAGAAUUUACUAGAAAGCUUUUAUCUCCUGUCAACCCCAAGCAUGAAGCUCUCUCAUGAUUGUUCCACAAAACCCCACGUUCUCUCCCUGGGUCUUCCACAGUUUCCAGGGCCAGACCAUGGGAAAGGUCUUUGAACUCUAUGCUUUUCACAUCUCAGUGCUGGAACAUCUGGACAUAUAAUGUGUAUUACAUCAGAUUCUCCCUGGCCUCACUGUCCACAUGCCCAGAGUUUGUCUCUUCCCCCCACUCUUGGGACAGAAUGCCCAUUUCAAGACAUGGCAUCUGGCAUUUCAUGGGUCCACCCAAACCGAGCCUUGUGAGGAGACUAAUAUGAAUGGGAGAUAGGAGAGAGGCAGGCAGCAAAUCUCUUUCCCCCAGCCCCCAUGAAUUGUUGCAAGACAUCGUCUCGCUGAUGGCACAACCUGUGGGGAGACCUAAGCAGCCAGUGGCCAUGCCUGCAUCUUCAAGGUUGGCCAUCUUGGAACUGUUGCCUUGGGCCACUUCCCAUUCUUUCCCCUUCACUUGAUCUCCUUCUUAUACCUUGGCUUUGAAUAUCCCAAAUAAAAGUGUAUAGGCCAUUUAGAUGGCCUGGGGAAUAGGAGGGUUGAGGACAAACCCCUAGUAACUUCAGGUGGCAGAUUGUCAUUAUACACACAUGUGCAGAGGUCAGAGACAACUUAGAGUCCAGGAUCUUUACUGUAGGUCCCUGGGAUUGAACUCAGGCUGUCAGCCUUGGCAGCAAGCACCUUCGACACAGGUUACAGUAUGUAGCCUAGGCUGACUAGCAGCUUUCCUGUAUUUGCCUGGAAAGUUCUGGAGUUAAACCACCCAGCUGGCUUCAGGUUGCCUCUCCUGCCCAGCUUUCUGGUUUUGAGGGGCAGUAGCUAUCCUGGUCAUCUAGAAUUUCUAUAUAAACUUGGCCAUUUUACUGAGCAUGAAGCUAAUAUAAAGAACCCCGUGGGGGGCUCAAAGAUUAAAUUGAAAAGAAGGGAGAAA